UUAUUAGUUUGAGGAUGUGAGGAGAACUGAGUUUGAAGUUUUUCGGCGUUCUCCGGCGAGCUGCUACUUUGUAUUAUUUUCUAGAUUUGUGGGGGAUGAAGCCUUUCCACCAUUGGUAGUAUCUGGAGGACUCACCGUUUAAGCAGAUGCAGCUGCCAUUUGGUUACUGAGCUCCAGAUUACCUGAUACCGUUCGAGAAGAUUCUUCUGAUCUGCUACAGACUCUACCAACAGGAAACCAGAAUGUUGAACGCAAGUGAUACAGAAUCACCCAUGGAUUCGACCCAACACGUGUUCACCAUCCUAAUUAUGAUCAUCACCACUCUUGUUGGCAUUCCCGGCAAUUUCCUGGUUCUUUGGGUUAUCAGUACGAAGAUGAAGUGGACGGUGAUGAAGAUUUGGUUUUGGAACCUUGCUCUGGCCGAUGUGACUUGCUGUCUGGCUUUCCCAUUCUUCAUAGCUCAAUUCUUCUAUGAGGAAUGGUUGUACGGUCCUGCCCUCUGCAAGAUGUUACCCUCCGUUGUUAUCUUCACCAUGUUUGCCAGCGUUUUCAGUCUGGUGGCCAUAAGCGUUUACCGCUGUAUCCUGGUCGUCCGACCCGUGUGGGCCAGAAACCACUGCAACCUACGAAUGGCCUGGGUAAUAUGCUUGACUAUAUGGAUGUUGUCCUUCUUGAUGUGUCUACCCGCUGUCCUAUAUAGGACCACCUACACAGAGAAGAACCUUACACUAUGUGGAUAUGAACAAGGUGGCCUUCAGAACAUUAAUGGAAGUGACAUGAAGGUGGAAACCCAUGUGACCUUUCCAGAUAAGACGGUUAUGAUGACCCGCAUGGUUUUUGGUUUUCUCAUUCCCCUCUUAAUCAUCUCUGUCAGUUAUGCUCGUCUGGCCUUCAAACUGAAAAAGACCAGGUUCGUAAAGGACGGCAACAAGACCACCAAAGUGGUAUUUGGCAUCGCCGUAGCAUUUUUUGUGAGCUGGGCUCCUUACCAUAUCAUGGGAAUUAUCCUGCUGUACUUCGACAACUUUGCGGUGACCAGCCUGGACCUUUUCUCACAAGCCUUGGCCGAAACCAACAGUUGUAUCAACCCAGUUCUCUAUGUCCUCUUGGGUAAAGAUAUGAAGAGUAAAGUAAGAAAGUCAUUCCAUGAGCUGAUCGAGAAUCUAUUUAAUGAAGAGGUGUCAAAAACUACCGAGCACAGCAGGAGCAAAGUCACAACGGAAGAAAGCCUACAACUAGAAGGAUUAACCACUUGCUGACUGUGCUAUAGCCAAAAUUGACAGCUACAGCGCGGUCGUCCAGUUUCGGGAGGGCGUCUA